CGAUUCCCUCUCUCCACCACAAUCACCCUCCGUAGGGUAAACACCUCACCUGUCCCUUUACCUUUCCUCUCAUCAUCCUUUCCCCCUCCCUCUCUCCCCCCCUCCAUCAAUCCAUCAAUCCUUCUGCUCUCUACAACUUGAACAUCAUAGUAGCAAACACACCAUCACCUACCGCUCACCGCCAUCAUCACCAUGUCCAGUUUCGAUGGAUCUGCCUCUUGGGCAGAAGUUGCCGCUGGUGGGCCUCCGCAGUCUGAGGAAGAGGUUCGUGCCAACCCCGUCGACGAGGUUAUUACCACCGAAUCCUCCGUCGAAUCGCUCGUAGAUGUUGACUCUGGCGUCUCUGUCGUUCCUUCCGAAUUCUUGGAGCAAGAGGUCAAAACAGGAACGCAAGCCACAAGAAUAGAGCUCGAAAGGGACGCCCAAGCCACCAAUGACACAGCUAUAGAAGAGGAAGCGAUAGCCCAUGAGCAGGAAGAAAAAGCAAAGAAGGGGAAGAAACAGGGGGCAAUGCCUUGUCCCGGGAACCCUGUCGUUGCUAUCAACGCUGUUAGCGUUGCAGGCGUGUCGGUGCUGUUGAUGAUUGGGGCGUACAAGAAGCGUCAGGCGGGAUCGCUCACGUGGAAGCUUGUGGGAUUUUGGACUGUAGGAUUGGCGGCAUUCGGGACGGCGGAUUAUUUUCUUUCUAGCUAUCUCUUCAAGAAAUACCCGCCAAGAAGCAAAUAAGUUUCUCUACCAACAAUAUGAAAAGGCGGUAGUGGUAGGCUGAGGUGGGAGAGUGGAGUUUGUGGGGCUAAACACCUGCAUUCUUCCCCUUGACUUGCGAUCUUGUUUUCAUACUCUCUUCUCUUCUAUUUGGGUACCGAAUCCUCGACAGUUGAAUUUCGGAAUAUUUGGAACGUCUUCUCUUCUCUUCUCUUUUUUUCUACUCCCUCUUCUCAAAUCACCAGGUUUUUCUGUUCUUUGCAUCCAGUUGGUCAUUGAAUAUACACUACUACCUGGAGGGUAAAUUUUUGAUUAGAAA